ACAUUGCAUGUAUGUUGAAAGUAAAAUGUCACGUCACAUGUAUUAGAAAGAAACAAAAUCAAAACAUGGUGUAACAAGGAAGUCCAGUGUCAGUGUAACUCUUCCCAAUUGUAUUUUUGUUCCAGUGAGAACAAUGUAAACCUUAUACGAUAAAAAGUACCAAUUAUGUCAGCGACUGAGGAAAAGACAGGGUUGCUAGAUGAUGAUGCUGAGGUUUCAGGUCGGCUGCUGAAGAGAAACACUGUCGGGAGACUAAGAAGUAGCCUGUUCGUACUCUGUGUGAUAUUUAUGCUCGUCUUCACAGCUUACUCUGGUAUACAGAAUUUGGAGAGUAGUCUAAACCCGGGGAUCGGGAUAUAUUCCUUAGCCUCCAUUACCGGAGGGGCACUCGUCUCCUGUAUCCUGGCACCGACCGUGAUCAGGUUCGUCGGAGCAAAGUGGGCUAUUUCGUCGGCGGCGCUAUGCCUGGCUGCAUACGUUGCAGCAAACUUUUACCCAAAGACUGGCGUUCUGAUUCCCGCCUCGAUCCUGUACGGAAUGUCUUCCGGAUUUAUGUUAACUGCACAAGGAACCUACGUCACGACCAUUGCUAUAGAGUAUGCGCAUGUGAUUGGCGAACAGGCUGAAACUGUCAUAAGUCGAUUUUUCGGAUUUUUUCUCAUGGCGUUUCAAAGCACACAAAUAUGGGGGAAUCUGAUUUCAUCACUUGUUCUUCAAAAUGGUAGAGCAUCACACAAUACUACAAAUGAAUCGAACUCAACGGUGACUAUAUGUGGCGCUGCAUUUUGCCCAAAUGUUGCUUCCUCCUCCAGUAAUAGUUCCGCCCCAUCUCCGUUUCCUAAACCACCAGAAGAUACAUUAAAUGUACUUUUAAUCAUUUACAUCGGAUGUGCAAUGUGUGGUUUUUUCAUUGGUGCAUUUUUUCUGAAGCCUAUCCGGUCUAGCAGUAGCGAGGACAAAACAACCAGCAUUGUCACAACGUUGUUUUCAACUCUUCGACUUCUGGGGACGGACACGAAUAUGAAGCUUCUCGUACCCAUAUCUAUGUACAGUGGUGUGGAGCAGGUCGUCAUGUACGCCCAAUACACACAGGCUUACGUGGCGUGCGAACUUGGAUUGGCCUGGGUAGGGUACGCUAUGAUCUGUUUUGGUGCUGUCAACACUAUUGCCUCCCCUUUGAACGGCAUUCUCACUAGAUACAUAGGUCGUCCUCUCCUCUUCCUCUUCGGCUUCUGUGUCAACGCCGGGAUGCUAGUCCUGCUACUGAUGUGGAUACCCGAUAAAGACCAGUUGUUUCUCUUUUUCGUCAUACCCGGGGUUUGGGCACUCGGAGAUACCAUAUGGCAGACACAAACUAGUGCUCUCGUGGGUCACGUGUUUCCGUCGCAACAGGAACCAGCGUUCGGGAACAUUCGGAUGUUUGAAGCUCUCGGAUUUUUCGUUGUGUACCUUUUCAGCAACUAUGUGUGCCUGGACGUGAAGCUUUACAUUGUUGGGGCGUGGCUGGUGUUAGCUGUCGUUCUGGUAUUGAUUGUGGAGGUCAGAAUACGAUACAGAGCCGUGAUCGUGUACAGCGAGGCUCCCACAGACGAACAUUCACAUUGACUAAAUUUGCAUAUUUGUGAAGAUUCAGUGAAGAACAUAUUGUAUAGCAUUUCAAGAUAUAAAUUCACUUAUCUUUUGGAGCUGCGGAUGACAAUCGUUUUAUUGUUGAAAUACUGAUUUUUUUUUAAUAAAUAUGUAUUG